AUGGCACCGACCAUGGAGACUACCGACCACCUCGUCCCCGACUCCGUCACAAUGGGUGAAAAGGCUGACAUCACCCAUGAUGAGGUCAUACAUCUGACUGCGCUGACGGAAGAGGAGAAGCUGCUCGAGAAGAAACUGCUGCGGCGGAUCGAUUCACUGAUCAUGCCGCUGGUCGUGCUGGUCUAUCUUUUAAAUUACAUUGAUCGAAAUAACUACGCUGCAGCGAAGCUCCAGGGUCUCACGGAGGAUCUUCAUUUAACGGAUACGCAGUACCAUACGGGCUUGUCAAUCCUGUUCGUGGCAUACAUUCUAAUGCAGGUGCCGAGCAACUUGCUGCUGAACUAUAUGGGACGGCCAUCGCUGUACUUGGGGUUCUUUGUUGUGGCGUGGGGAUUAGUGUCGGCCCUGACCAGCCAGGUCAAGAGCUAUGGCGCGAUCGUCGCGUGCCGAUUUCUGCUGGGGUUGGCUCCUUUCUUCGCCGGUGUCCUAUUCUACCUGUCCAAAUGGUACACGAAGAAUGAAUUGGCCUUCCGCAUGAGUAUCUUCUACUCCGGCUCCCUGCUGAGCGGCGCCUUCGGCAACCUGAUCGCGGCUGGCAUCCUGAGCGGCCUCAAGGGGGAAACGCGGCCUUGGCUAUACAUCAUCGAAGGCAGCGUCACCGUCUUUGUCGGCCUAGGGAUCUGUGUCCUCCUCCCGGACUUCCCGGAGACGUGGAAGCUGCUGUCGCCCGAGAUGCGCCGCAUCGCCAGGCGACGCCUGGCCGUGGACGCCGCGGAGGCCGAUACGGACGAGCAAGGUGGCAUGAGCCAGCUGAAGGGCCUCAAGCUGGCCAUGACCGACAUCAAGACCUACGUGCUGGCGAUCGCAUACAUGUGCAUCACCGGCGCGGCCGGCUUCCAGAACUUCUUCCCCACGCUGACGAAGACCCUCCACUACAACAACACGAUUUCCCUCCUGCUGGUGGCCCCGCCAUACGUCUUCAUGGUGAUGUACAGCCUCGCGCACUCGUGGAUGUCCGACAAGAUGGGCGUCCGCUUCUGGUUCUUCGCAUACCCGAUCCCCAUCACCAUCGUGGGCUUCAUCCUCUUCAUGACCACCAGCAGCUUCGGCCCGCGCUACUUCUCCUUCUUCCUGAUGAUCUUCGUGUUCGCGCAGAACGGCACGCUCUACUCAUGGAUUGCGAACGCGCUGCCCCGCCCGCCCGCCAAGCGCGCCGCCGCCUACGCAUUCAUCAAUUCCAUCGGCAACUCGGCCAGUAUCUGGACGCCGUAUACCUACCUUGACGCCGAAGCGCCGCAAUACUAUACCGCGAUGGGGGUGUGCAUUGCGUUGCAGGUCAUCGGCCUGUUGAUGGGGCUGUUUAUGUACUUUAAUCUGCGGACGCUGAACAAGCGGCAGGAGAGAUUGGAGAACGAGGAGGUGCAGUUGACGGAGAAGGAGCUGCGAAGACUGCAGGUGACAGCGGACCUGGAGGGCAUCGAUGUGGCGGCGGCGAGGCGGUUGCAGAAGGGCUUCCGUUUUGUGGUGUAG